AUUAGGCUCCCAAGCGGCCAGCUUUCUCUCUGAGGCGUCUGCAGGAGAGGCAGGCCGCAGGCGGGGCCUAGAUUUGCCUCACCAGAGGUGUUGUCGUGGCUGCGCGGCCGGCUGGCUCCCUCCCCGUCUCUCUCUCUCCUCCUCUCCGUCCUUCGCUCCGCCGCUCCUUUUUUUUCUUCCUUCCCCCUCAACGAAUCUUUUGGGGAGCCCCUUUAAGAGUGGGCUCUUUUUUCCUUCCCCCCCUCAUCUUUAGGUCCCUUUAAAAACCUCUCCGUGGGGGGACAAAGUACGGCGGAGAAUAAUUCCGGGUGUUUUUUGGCCCCCUCCCCCCUUUCUCCUUUCCCCUUCUCCCUCGUUCCUUUUCCCAUCUGAGGCUGCUGCUCCGUCCUUAUCAUCAUGUCGGCGGGCGGGGACUUCGGCAACCCGCUGCGGAAAUUCAAGCUGGUCUUCUUGGGCGAGCAAAGCGUGGGCAAGACCUCCUUGAUCACCAGGUUCAUGUAUGACAGCUUUGACAACACCUACCAGGCGACCAUUGGCAUUGACUUCUUAUCAAAAACCAUGUACUUGGAGGAUCGCACAAUCAGGUUGCAGCUCUGGGAUACUGCGGGUCAGGAACGUUUCCGUAGCCUCAUUCCCAGUUACAUCCGUGACUCUGCUGCUGCUGUAGUAGUUUACGAUAUCACAAAUGUAAACUCGUUCCAGCAAACCACAAAAUGGAUCGAUGAUGUCAGAACGGAAAGAGGUAGUGAUGUCAUCAUCAUGCUAGUAGGAAACAAAACAGACCUAGCAGAUAAGAGGCAAGUAUCUAUUGAGGAAGGGGAGAGGAAAGCCAAAGAGCUGAAUGUAAUGUUUAUUGAAACUAGUGCAAAGGCGGGAUACAACGUAAAGCAGCUUUUCCGACGUGUGGCUGCUGCCUUGCCUGGAAUGGAAAGCACACAGGACAAAAGCAGAGAAGACAUGAUUGACAUCAAACUUGAAAAGCCUCAAGAGCAGCCAGUCAGUGAAGGGGGCUGUUCGUGUUAAUAGUCCGUCCAUCCAUCGUCGUUGCUUCUCUCUGACCUUUCUCCAGACCAUCACUGCUUCUUCCUCCCUUCCUUCUUUCCUUCCUUCCACCCUUCCUUUCCUGACUCCCUCCUUCCUUCCCUGUGGCUCAUUGACAGCAGUGUGGCUCUUGGCUUGCCCUCUCCCCGCCCCAUCCGUAACGUAGCACGGUUCAUCAUUGCUGCCUGUCUCGUGAAGAUGAUCUGUUAGCUUCACAAGCACAAAAAAGAAAGUCAGUGUCUUCAUUAUUUAUAAGGAAAUUUCUUUUCUUUUCUUUUUUGUAAAAAAAAGAGAGAGAGAGCCAGUGUGAUCCUAGCCUAUUUUCACUCGUUCAAAAACCAGAAAGACCAGUCAGUUCCAAUCCAGAAUAUCUUUGUUCCUUUUCAGGGGCGGAAAAGAUUAGAAGGCAAAAAGGAAAUGGGGUUAAAGACUAUGCUUGGAUUCGGUGAGAAGGGAUGCGCCAGGUUGAAAUAGAGACGGAAGCCGCCUUUGCCUUUCCAGCCAAGAUCCUGGCCCUUUCCCCCUAAACAGUAUCCCUUUGGAAAUGCAGUCUUGGCUAUUGCAUUUAAUGCACAUUUUUUAAAAAAAUCAGUUCUCUUAUUAUAUAGAUAAAUAGCCUUGUGACACCUGCGCAUUAGAUGCUUCUUGUAAGGGUCAAGGUGACAGGCAAAACUUAAGAGACAUUGUUUUGGUCUUCUAAAUACAGCAAAUUAAUUAAUUCAUUGGGUUGCUGUGAGUUUUCCAAGCUGUCUGGCCAUGUUCCAGAAGCAUUCUCUCCUGACGUUUCGCCCACAUCUAUGGCAGGCAUCCUCAGAGGUUGUGAUUUGUGAGGUCUGUUGGAAAGUAUAGGUAAGUGGGGUUUAUAUAUAUAUAUAUAUAUAUAUAUAUAUAUAUAUAUAUAUAUAUCUGGAAAGUCCAGGGUGGGAGAAAGAACUCUUUUCUGUUGGAAGACAGUGUGAAUGUUGCAAUUAAUCGCCUUGAUUAGCAUUGCAAAGCCUUGCAGCUUCAAAGCCUGGCUGAUUCCUGCCUGGGGGAAUCCUCUGUUGGGAGGUAUCAGCUGGCCCUGAUUUUAAAUGCUAAUCAAGGUGAUUUAUUGCAACAUUCACGCUUGCCUCAAACAGACCGGAGUUCUUUCUUUCUCCCACCCUGGAUAUUAUUCUACAGAUAUAUAAACCCCGCUUGCCUAGUUUCCAACAGAUCUCCCAACCUCUGAGGAUGCCUGCCAUAGUUGUGGGCGAAACGUCAGGAGAGAAUGCUUCUGGAACAUGGCCAGACAGCUUGGAAAACUCACAGCAGCCCAAUGAAUUAAUUAAUUUACUGUAUUUAGAAGACCAAAACAAGGUCUCUUUUAAGUUUUGCCUGCCACUUUGCCCCUUACAAGAAACAUCUAAUGAGCAAGUGUCAGAAGGCUAUUUCAACCCAGUUAUUCCAGCCAUGAAAUCUUUCGAUAACACAUUAACUAAUCCAUUGUUUGGUCAUUGUACUAAGGGUGGAAUAUUUUCCAAAUAGGAUGCCUUUGAAUAGGUUAUGGCUUUAAUAGCAACGAAAGGGCCCUGAUCCCACGGAAGGUAAACAUGUCACAAAGAGGAAAACAGGGACAGAGCAAAAAUGGGAAUUAAAUGGAAGAAGAGGGGAGCAUACUUAUCAGAGUAGAGUACUUAUACUUAUCAGAGUCCCUUAGGUGAUAAAGGGAAGGGAACAUAAGAUGGAAACAAAACGUACACUUAUGCAGACUUUUGCCUUUGUUUUCAGUUUCUUUUUUUUAACGUCGGGUCUUCAAAAAUCUUCGUCCUUCCUAGUUUGGUUAAACAACCGGUCGUUUAGUAUUAUGUUUUAACUGGACUAUAAUUUUUAACUGUGGUUUCCUUCGAUAUAUUUAUUUCUCUGCUUUUAAAGAAGAUUUUUUUACUACUUUUCUUUUAUUUGGGGGGGAGACAUACACAAGUUUGUGGAUUCCUUUGUAGAGCUUUUGCCGGCGUAGUCACAAGACGUAGCUGUGGAAGAAACACACCGAGACGUGGACACGCACGCACUCGCACAUCCUCAUCCACACUCGCGCACCCAUGAAAAAGAGAGAGAGAGAGAGAGAGAGCACCCUCUUAACCUAUACUAGUCAUUGUGAAGUUGCUGUGUAAGUUAACACAACUUGUAAAUACAUUGUUUGCAGGAGGAAUGCUUGCGGCACAGUACAGGAAAGGCUUCGCGAGUCUCCAAAUCCCUCCAGUUUAAUAGGGAUUUAAUAGUUCAAUAAGGGGAAAACUUUUUCCCCGUCCCGACAUCUCCGCGAGGCCUCUCUUUUCCUGCAUUGUGGAACUGGAAUGGCAAAACCCAUCACUUCGACCCGAGUUUCCAAUAACCGUUUGCAUAUAUACCUUGUAACUGUCAUGUUUUAAAGGGCAGAGUAAGACACACAAAAUGCUUCUUAAAUGCAAAUCUUGAAAAAGGUAAUUCUCUUUUUUCCCCUUCUCCUUUUCUUUUUUUCUCCUUUGGAAGUAGCAUGUCUUUAAACAAAUAUAUAUAUAGAUAUAUAAGUGUUUAAAUAUGGCAACCGAUCCAGGAAAAGAAACUUUUUUGGGGGGAAAAAGGAGACUGGGUGACUUUUCUUCCUGUAUUGUUGUAUUCUACGUGUGCGGAAACUUAAAAACGAAACAAAAAACGAUCCAUCUUGCUGCUUUUUUAAUAAUUGAGUUUUCCGUGGCUUUGGGUUCUUAAAGCAAUGAGAUGUCUACACGGGUUGGAUUUUUUAAACAUGCACAGAAUUUUUUGCUUCCAAUAAAGUAUCUAAUCAAAACACUAAGAACAAAAAAAAAUA